AUGUUACAACAAAGAGAUAGAGUGAUAGCAGAGUUAAAGGUGAAUUUGUUGAAGGCACAGCAGAAAAUGAAGAAAUAUGCAGAUCAGAAACGAAUGCAUAAGGAAUUUCAGGUUGGUGAUCUAGUUUUGGUGAAACUCCAGCCUUACCGACAACAUUCACUAGCUUUACGAAAGAAUCAGAAGCUAGGAUUAAGAUAUUUUGGUCCCUUUCCAAUUCAAGAGAGAAUCGGUUCAGUGGCUUACAAAUUACUGCUGCCAGAUUAUGCUAAACUACAUCCUGUUUUCCACAUUUCACAACUGAAGCAAUUUAGAGGAGUUACUGAUGUUGUUUAUGUUCCAUUACCAUUAACAACUUCAGUGGAAGGGCCUGUAGUGCUUCCUUUCAAAAUACUCAGUAUAAGGGACAUCAUUCGAGCAGGCCAAACUGUGCAUCAAAUCCUGGUCCAGUGGGAAGGAUUUAGUGAAGAUGAAGCAACAUGGGAAGAUAGUGAGGAAAUGGCUAAGAGUUAUCCAAAUCUCAACCUUGAGGACAAGGUUAUUCAUAAAGGGGGGAGUAUUGUAACAGAAAGGGAAAUCACUAGUGGCUUGGGACGCAAAGAAGUUGACAUCAUGGAUGAUCAAGGUCAGAAGGACAAGGAAGUAAUUGAGCAAUCAAGGAAUGAGGAGCAUGUGAAUUCGGUUAGCUCACAAGGACAGGUGGCAGCAAAUGAUGGGUUGGGAAGUGAAAUCAAGGCCAAACGUGUGAGUAGGCCUAGUGUGCGGAUGAGGGAUUUUGUGUGGCAGAGAAAUUAGUUAAAUGUCAGGAUGGGGUAGGAGAGAAAGGUAGGCAAUGUUAGAAGAGAUAUUCUCCUCUCUCUCUCUGUGUACUUUUCUUCAUUGCUGAUGUUAUUGUACUGCAUUUCCAUUUUAAUCAAGUUGAGUGAUUCCCUGUGAUCCCGUUUGAUCUCAUAGGAAGUGCACUCUCAACAUUUAA